AUGGAAGAACAACUAUCUUCAGGACUUUACUCAAUCACCACAGUUGACGAUCUCACCGUCGGCAGAAACUCUCGCGAAGAUAGAUCCCUUCGCCCAAAGCCCGUUUAUGCCCUCCCACCAUCUGAGACUGGGCCAAAUACAAUUUGGCAGAUCGACCAAGUAAAAGAUAAUGAGUAUAUUCUCAAAUGUCACGGGGCUCCUACCGCAGUCCAUGACCAUCGUUUGUACGCCGUCUUGACAGAUGAGCCACCGCCAACCCCAUGGAAAAUUGAAAAGCAGGCCCAGGGAGGUUACACCAUCAUCAAGGCAGAUGGGAACGGUAUCGGUUGGGUCGUUUCCUUCGAAGACGGUGAGGAAAAGCCGAUUGCGGUUCGCCCUUUGAUUGUACAGCCAUCAUACCCACCAAGAUUUCCUCCUACUGAAUUAUUUAAAUUUAAGAGAGUCGAGAUGGACUAG